AUGCCACCCAAAUGCACGCAGCGCUCCGCUCCUCUCCGCUGCGACCGACCUCGAGUCCGCGCGCCUCGACCAUUCUCCAGCGGCCAUAGGCGACGUGCCUCCGACGACCCUGCGGCCAGUGACGGAACGUCGACGGCUCGCUGCAGACGACAUGACGGAGACGCUGUGCCACCAGGCGAGGACCCUACGCUGCCGUCACUGCGCGGCUUUCGUUGGCCCCGACUCUUGCUUCCCGCCUUUAUUGUCGAGGCCCGCCCCGAUGCAAAGGGCCUCUGGUCGAGUCAAGCUUUCGUCCCAACACCAACGCCAACCAACCCCUCCAAUGGUGCGUUCUCGUCUCCCGACCUCCCACCACCACGGCUAGUGGCGAGGCUGCCGCUGCUUCAUGGCCUUGUCCACUCCAAAGCCGUAUCGCCGCUGUGGGCCACCGCCCGUCCCUCCCACCGCCAAGGUGCCAUGGUAGGAUCCGCCCUCUCCAUCGUGCCCAGACCGCGCCUCUUUGCCGCGGCCCGUCGACCGAGCCUCGCCUGUCAACCGAACCCGCUCUCUCAGCUGCCGACAUGCGAUCCUCGCCCAGGCAGUGUAUGUCUCGAGCAGCUGUGUCUCGCCGCUCAUAGCCGACGUUGA